ACCACAACCCAGAGGCCUAUCUGAUUAGGGUUCUCAGAUCUUCCACUUCGUAUUCACUUUCCGGAUUAACUAAUCCCUUUGAGGUCCCGAAGAUGAUGCAACAACCGACCGGGGUUGGCCGUCCACCGAUGGCGCCGCAGCCUCAGAUGGGGGCGGAUCAGCAAGCGCAGCAGUACGCACAGCAGCAGCAGUGGAUGAUGAUGCCACCGGCGCCUCAGCAACCGGUGCCACCACCCGCAGGGUGGACCCCGCAGUCCGUGCCGCCCCCUAUUUCACAAUCGCAAGUGCAGCAGUAUGGCGCUCCACAAAGUGCUGUCGGUGGUGGCGAGGUCAAGUCGUUGUGGAUCGGUGAUUUGCAGCAGUGGAUGGACGAGAGCUAUCUCAUGAAUUGCUUCACUCCUGGCGAGGUGCUGUCGGCAAAGGUUAUUCGUAAUAAGCUAACAAGUUUCCCAGAGGGUUAUGGUUUCAUUGAGUUUGCAUCUCGUGCUGUAGCAGAGCGAAUUCUGCAGACAUACAACGGCACUCCAAUGCCAAGCACUCAGCAGAAUUUCCGCCUUAACUGGGCCACUCUUGGUGCUGGUGAGAGGCGUCAGGAUGAUGGUAACGACUAUACAAUUUUUGUUGGAGAUUUGGCUGCAGAUGUUACUGAUUACUUGCUGCAAGAGACAUUUAGAGCUGUCUACGCAUCAGUGAAGGGUGCAAAAGUUGUCACAGAUAGGACUACUGGUCGAUCCAAGGGCUAUGGGUUUGUCAGAUUUGGUGAUGAAAGUGAACAACAGCGUGCUAUGACUGAGAUGAAUGGGAUGUUUUGCUCUAGCAGGGCAAUGCGGAUUGGGCCAGCUGCUACUAAGAAUCCAGUGGGGACCCAGCAGCUUCAGAAAGCCACAUACCAGAGUACUCAAGGAAGUCAGGGUGAAAAUGAUCCCAAUAAUACAACUAUAUUUGUUGGGGGUUUGGAUUCUAGUGUUACAGAUGACCAUUUGAAAUCAGUAUUUUCACAAUAUGGUGAGCUAGUUCAUGUGAAAAUACCCCCAGGAAAGCGUUGUGGUUUUGUUCAAUUUGCGAACAGAGCUUGUGCGGAGCAAGCAUUAUCAAUGCUCAACGGAGUCACAUUGGGAGGGCAAAAUAUUCGACUUUCAUGGGGACGCAGUCCUUUGAACAAACAGUCUCAGCCGGAUCAGUCUCAGUAUGGUGGUGGUGGUGGAUACUAUGGAUAUGCACAAGGAUAUGAUGCCUAUGGAUAUGCACCACCUCCUCAAGACCCUAGCAUGUAUUACAGCGGCUAUCCAGGAUAUGGUAAUUACCAGCAACCUGGGGCUUACCAACAGUCGCAGCAGUGAUAUGGUUCUGUUGAUUGAACGAAGUCCCAGGGCUUUGGCUAGCUUGUCCAAUUCAAUUUAGGCCACUUUCUGUUUCUGUAUCUGACGAGGGCUUGCUUAGAGUUUGUGUUUGAUCUUUUUUUCUUGAUUGUCAUGUUCUUUUCAAUUUUGAGGGCUUUGGAUGUGAUAUAUCGAACCCUGUAGUUUCCUCUUUGUGAGAGAGAUUGGUUCUUGAAGGCUAUAAUUAAUUACUAUUAACAGCUGUAUGGAUAUUACAGUUAUUGCUACUCUAUGAAUCCUUGUUAUCUAAAUUAUCUUCGA